GACUUCUCCUCCUUGGGUGAAGGUUCAUUGCGGUGACUGGGUCACGUUAGCUGUCUGCAAUAGUCCAACUCUUCUGCUACAAUGUCCGGACGUGUCCUCGUUGGAGUUAAGCGUGUCAUUGACUACGCUGUCAAGAUUCGUGUGAAGCCCGACAACAGUGGUGUGGUGACAGAUGGUGUUAAGCAUUCGAUGAACCCCUUCUGUGAGAUCGCUGUGGAGGAGGCGGUCAAACUGAAGGAGAAGAAACUUAUUAAGGAGGUUGUGGCUGUCAGCUGUGGGCCACAGCAAGCACAGGAAACCAUCCGUACUGCCCUUGCUAUGGGAGCAGACCGUGGCAUCCAUGUCGAAGUGUCUGGGAAAGACUAUGACACCCUCGGACCUCUGCAGGUCUCCAAGAUCAUGGCUGCUUUGGCCAAGAAGGAGGAGGCUCAGCUUGUCAUCUUAGGCAAACAGGCCAUCGAUGAUGACUGCAAUCAGACUGGCCAGAUGACCGCAGCUUUACUGGACUGGCCUCAGGGCACCUUUGCAUCAGAGGUAUCACUGGAAGGAGACAAGAUAAAAGUGGUGAGAGAAAUUGACGGUGGCCUGGAGACUAUUAAGAUUAACACACCAGCAGUGCUGACCGCAGACCUUCGACUCAACACCCCCAGAUAUGCCACUCUGCCUAAUAUCAUGAAAGCCAAGAAGAAGAAGAUUGCUAACGUGAAACCUGCAGACUUAGGGGUGGAACUGACUUCACGUUUGGAGGUGUUGAGAGUGGACGAGCCCCCACAGAGGCAGGCAGGAGUGAAGGUGGAGACAGUGGAUGACCUGGUGGGCAAACUGAAGGAGACAGGGAGGAUAUAAAGCCGGUAAGGGCAUAAGCCAGGGAGCACGGGACUUAACAGAAGGGACUCUAAUGAAUAACUGGACUACAUUACAUAAGCACAGCCAGAGGACCAGCUUAUGUAUCCGUCUAAUCCCUCUGUUUGAGACUGUGACUCCUGUGGUACGCAGGGAGGUACUGACAGGAGAGGAGGAGUACUGAGAAACACUGUCCUGCAGCAGACCCAGACAGCCCCAAAAGGAUCAUCUUGUCUUUUAUGUGCAUUUUAACUUUCACGGAUGGUUCUCUGUAUCAUAAGCUACUAAUCUACUGUUAGACAACUUGAUAUGGAGUACCCUACAGUCAUUAUGCAAUCAUUGAAACCCAGAAACCUCCAGUCAUUCAUGCUGCUGUUUGUAUUGCACUGUACAUUAACGCCACCAGUACGAUGCAUUUCACCAACAGUUACUUGAUUCAGCUGUGUUCAUCUUGUAAAUCGGAAGUCACAUGUUCAGAGGUGCAAUUUCUGUAAAUGACAAUGUAAAUAUGGACCCCAACAUGUUGACUAUGUACUUCAAGAUUAACAUUAGUCUGGCAUAAUUUGUAUAGUUUGUGUGAUUUGAAACUGGGUUUCAGGACUGCCUAGAUUGUGUCUCUCAGUAUGAGCAGGGAAAGAUGAUUUGAAUUUUACCAUAAGCGCCUCAAUUAUCUGAUUGUACAGAACAUUACCAUGACAAUAAAUCAGCCAGUCUUUUUCAUA